GGAGAGGGAGAUGGCUGGGCGGGGAGGCAGCUGCGGGAAGGAUCGAGGGACAGCCGAGGGAACAGAAAAUUACAAUACCAGUGAAGUAGGAGGUAGCGAGUGCCGCAACUGCACGGGUUGGUGACUGGGAGCGCAGAAUGGGAAAUGACUUGGGGGAAGAUGGAGGAGGACGCGGCGAAUGAUCGAGACGUAGGCGCCGUGAUGUGGCAGCAAGCAGAUGUAGAUGUUCAGAAGAAGUGAGUGCAGAUAAUGAGGAAAAUGGCCAGGGGCCAAGGUGCACGAAGCCAGGAGAACCGGAGAGGUCUCAUUGGCCGGUGCAGUUCUACGUUUCCAGACUGGUGUCUUGUUAUUCUGGGGUGAUCCUCUGACCGGGCGAGAACUAUGUCAUGGAUCAAGGAAGGAGAACUGUCCCUUUGGGAGCGGUUCUGUGCCAACAUCAUAAAGGCAGGCCCCAUGCCCAAACACAUCGCAUUCAUAAUGGAUGGGAACCGCCGUUAUGCCAAGAAGUGCCAGGUGGAGCGGCAGGAGGGCCACUCUCAAGGCUUCAACAAGCUGGCUGAGACUCUGCGCUGGUGUUUGAACCUGGGCAUCCUUGAGGUGACGGUCUACGCAUUCAGCAUUGAGAACUUCAAACGCUCCAAGAGUGAGGUAGACGGGCUAAUGGAUCUGGCCCGGCAGAAGUUCAGCCGCUUGAUGGAAGAACAGGAGAAACUGCAAAAGCAUGGAGUGUGUAUCCGUGUCCUGGGUGACCUACAUUUGUUGCCCUUGGAUCUCCAGGAGCUGAUUGCACAAGCUGUACGGGCCACUAAGAACUACAACAAGUGUUUCCUGAACGUGUGCUUUGCAUACACAUCCCGUCACGAGAUCAGCAACGCUGUGAAAGAGAUGGCCUGGGGAGUGGAGCAAGGCCUGCUGGAUCCCAGUGAUGUCUCCGAGUCUCUGCUUGAUAAGUGCCUCUAUACCAGCCACUCGCCUCACCCUGACAUCUUGAUACGGACUUCGGGAGAAGUGCGGCUAAGCGACUUCCUGCUCUGGCAGACCUCCCACUCCUGCCUGGUGUUCCAGCCUGUUUUGUGGCCAGAAUACACAUUUUGGAACCUCUGUGAGGCCAUCCUACAGUUCCAAAUGAACCAUAGCAUGCUUCAGCAGAAGGCCCGAGACAUGUAUGCAGAGGAGCGGAAGAGGCACCAGCUGGAGAGGGACCAGGCUGCAGUGACAGAGCAGCUGCUGCGAGAGGGGCUCCAGGCCAGUGGGGACACCCAGCUCCGACGGACUCGCUUGCACAGACUCUCAGCCAGACGGGAAGAGCGGGUCCAAGGCUUCCUGCAGGCCUUGGAGCUCAAGCGGGCUGACUGGCUGGCACGUCUGGGCACCGCAUCAGCCUGAGUGAGGCUGGCUGCCUGCCACUUUGUCCUGCCCUCUGCCUCCAGGGCCCCACUCCCCUUUCAUUUUUUGGUGAAAGGCACCUCCCUCUUGAGGAAGAAUUGUCUUCCCUUUGCUUGGCAGGGGAGCCCCCGAGGCCAGGGCUGCGGGCUGUAGAUAUCUUUGGACUGCCUGUGACAGUGGCCCCUGGGAAGGGUUGAAGAGGAGUCUUCCCCCAAGGCCAGUAAACCCAGCUGUGCUCACCUACAGGUCUGGCGAGCAGGGCGCCACAGUGCAUUGGCUGCCUGCCCCUUCCGCCUCUGCCACCACUCUCUCUGUGCUCCUGGACGGACUUUUCUUGCAACAGCACAUCCUUCAGCAAACAAUUGCAGGGAAGAGGGCACCCCCUCCCUGCCCGAACCAUAGCCCUUCACCCAUCCAUCUCCGCCUUCCCCCUGACUUGCACGGAAGAUUUGGCUCUACCUUGGGUCGGCUGGUAAAUAGCUAAGAGGCAGCCAGCAUUAUUUGGGCAGGGAAAAAAGGGGCAGGAGCGACUGAAAGAAAAUGUGCCCAUCUGCUGCUCCUCCCCUUGGCUCUCCACCUGGGAUUUGCUAUUGAAUCUCUACCCCCUCCCACCACGCAGUACUGAUUGCUCACUGAAAGGCUCAGCGCCCCCAAUGGCGCGCGGAAGCCAGCCGGGUGAUUACAAUCCAAUUACCUAUUGUCGACUCAGCCCACACAAGCUUUUCUCCUCCUCUCGCAGGGCACGGGGCCAGGCUCCACUCCCAGUGGGACCGGCUCCCUCCAUGGCUACAGGGUAACAGAAGGGCCUGUAGGCCCUGGUGAAUCGAAUGCAGCACCGGCCUACUUCCUGGUAACACAUCAGGACUGAACAGAACCAGGCACAGUUCCUGUCCUCCUGGUUCAGUCAUUGAGGUUUCUCGGCUUCUGACCUGGCUCCCCAAGAAGGCCCUGAGACGAUUGACUUCUCAGCAUGGCGAGGCUGUUCCAGGCGCUCUCUGCUGGUGAAGGCCAAGGCUGCCCAGCAGGAGGAAGAGGGCAGAGUCAAGGAAGGCUGUGUCCUUUCCCUCACCUCCCCUGCCAGGCGUCGCCGCUGAGAGGAUUAGAGCCUUUGAAGAGCUGUCUGAGCGACUGCUCCGGCGGUUCCUGCCCGGGGCUGCCCCUCGGUGUCCCCGCUUUCCUUUCUGCAAUCUGUUUCCCUAGUGCCUCCCUCCAGAAGGGAGGUGGGAUCUUGUAAGCAGAGUAGACUGCCGAGCCCCCAAACUUCUGAGACCCGAACCCAUCCUUGCCUUUCUGUGCCUAGAUACCUGGUGCCACAGGCCCCUUGGCCACUGUCCCUGCUUCCUGAAACAAGCAUAAAUGCCAGACACUGCGAUUGAAAAGCCAAUCAACUCAUCCUUUGGCAAGCCCCCUACACACCUGGCACUCCCCACUACCAAUCCCUGGCACCAUGUUCCCGGAGAGCAGGUGCUGUACAUUUUCCAGUCUUACAAUGGGGCUGUUGACAGCCUUAAUUAGGGAGGCAUGAAUUAUGUGGCUAUAAUACAGAGCCCUACAAUUAAGGCGGGAAUGAGGGGCUGGAGGCAGCACACGGAAUCUACCCUGUGAGUGUGGCUGGCUUUCCCUAAUAUGAUUGGGGGACGGUGGAGAUGAUUAAUGGAACUGGUAUUUCUGGCCUGAGGUCCUGUGUUCUGGGAAAGGUACGCAGGGUGGAGCAGGGAGCAGCUGCCCCAGGAGACACUGGGAGUGGGAAGGAGAGGCAUUGAGGCCAUUGCUGUCCGGUGGCAGCAUCUGCAAAAUACUUGAUUUGAACUUAACGGUUGCUUUCUGUUGGUAGGAUUUGUGCAAACCAGGUGGGACCAAUUUAAGUGUCCUUCCACCUGUAAGCCAACCCCCACUUUGAGGACUUUUAUCCUGUUGUUCUCCUGGGUCUCAUAAUAGAAUUUUUAAGAUUCUUA